AUGGAGGCAGCUCUCUGGAUCCGCGUCGAAUUAGUCGGGAUAGUCCUCGCCGCCGGGGCAAAUGCGCGACAGAAAGAUCGAGACGGGCGUGUCGCUGCAGGCUUUGCCGAGGAGAAUGAGAGAAACGACGAAGAGACGGAGUAUCGACAUGUCGACUACGCGGAGAAACCAUUCAAGUCAAAGAGUCGUCGAGGACAUAUCAGGGCACUUCUAGGAGUUGCGCCUCUUUUACAAGCCCAAGUUGCCAAGUCCGAACUCGCCAAUUUGUUCCAACCCCGUUUUGUCAAAUCGCCAGUCGCGAAGACUGCUCUUUUGAUAAAUCCGAGACGAGGCAUCCCAAUCGCGCAACGGGAUCAGACAAUAAGGGUUUUCCUCCGAGGCAGACUAUUUGAGCCAGUUGUUGCCGUUGGUGGUUGGACUGGUGGCAACGAUCACAGCAGGCUGGACUCCAACUACUGGGCUCACAAGACGCUGAGCUUUGCGAAGAGAAUUGGGUUAAUCUUUGACGAACACGAGUUAGAUACUGAUUCUCAUCAGCGGUUUAUUGAGAACGAGGAUGAUCGCGACAGACAGAUCAGGCUUGAGAUCUUAUUCCACUACCAGCACAUGGAGACGCUCACUAAAGCGGAGAUUGUGACCAGUCAGAAGCCAUGUCCCAGUUGCCUGAUGUUUAUGGAAUAUCUGGCGAAACGGAUGUGGCUAGAUUUCGUGGUUGUGGUCGCUGAAGAGAUUGUCUUCACAUGA